GAUAAAGACCUCGGUCCAGUACCAGGCGAAGUCUACUUUCUCAAGCAAAUGAAAUACCAUCCAAAUGUCAUCAAGUUUCUGCAUUAUCAACAACUGACAUCCGAAAUGUUCGUGAUCAUUUGUGAAAGAAUUGCUAACUGUAAAGAUCUUUUUGAUGUUCGAAAGGAAAGAGGCGGUUUCUUCACUGAGUAUGAAACGCAAAAGUACGUUAAGACGUUGGUUGACGUUGUACGUGCGAUGGAGAAAAAGAACAUUAUUCAUCGUGACAUUAAAUUGGAGAAUAUUCUCUAUGACGUCGAGAAAGAUGAUAUCAAGUUGAUUGAUUUUGGCCUGGCAACGAAACAUAAACCUGGCAAGCUAUUUACCACAUUUUGGG